UUGGACGAGCGGGUUGUUCUGAAUGGUAGAUACAGCGUUCUGACCUUGAAAAUCCGAAGAUUGUAAGACAAGAGUCGCUGUGACAGUGUAUUACUGGUUGUCAUGGUCUGCUACUUAGCAGAUCUCGAAAGAUAUACUCCAGCUUUCUGAGCUCGAUCUAAACAGAGAGAAUAUCCAGGUUAGUUCAAGCUCAUUUGAUAAUCAGUCCUGUUGGACCUUGGGCCCUUUUUUUCUCACAUGCUCAAAAAUUUCUCAUAGUAGAUAGCAGGAAUUUACAGUUAAAAGAAUUCUGGAAUAGAGGUUAUUUCAUAGAGGAUCAUGAGCUGAUAUAAUCUCAGUUCUUGAUAGUUCAAAUCUUAUAGGGUUAGGGGGUUAGGGUUACGUAUGUAUGUCUUAUAUUUGAAAUACAGUUAAAUAUCUUUUACAUAUUGGACAUGCCCACAGUCUAGCAUACAUGUCUAGCAGUCUUCAAUCCGUAAGUUAUCUGCAGACCCAAAAAUAGAUUGCCCAUAAACUAUAAAAAGUUCCAUUUCGAUGUUAUGAAUGAUUUUCAGUGAUUUGAAUGAAGCUUUCCUUAUAGGUUAUGAAUACACGUAUGUGUGUACUUAUACCCAGUAUUAUCAAUUGGGCUGGGUUUCUCUACCUGAUAGAGGGAAGUCUUUAACCAUCUAUUCCUUGUGGGAAGCAUUUGUCUAGUACUUAAGCCCUAAAAUUAUUAGGGUCUCUGAAGGUCUAGUGCUCUGGCACUAAUCUAGCCUUGUUGGGUUCUCGAACUAAAGGUUGAAUGCAUAUUUUGAGAGACUUCUAUGAAGGAUAGAAGUCAUUGGAUGGAGAGGGAACUGGAUACAGUUCCUCCAAGUGUAGAGGAAGAGAGACAUCCAACCCCAACUUCUUCGCCUCCAACUCCUCCAUCUCCGUUACCAGUGAGUGUAGGUCCAGGCUACCAGCAAUAUUUUUUUCCUUCAUCUCCUUCAAAUUCUCCACCAUUUUCUCCCACUAGUUCUUCUCCAUCGAAGCCACAGGUCUAUGAAACAAUACCACCGCCUGCAAGAUCCAUACCAUUUGAUAAAAAGCCUUCAAAAGCAUAUACUUCUCCCACUGAGUAUUCUCCACUCCUCCCUCACUUUGGUACACCUCCAGAUGAAGCUGAAGAUGAUGAUUAUGUUGAGUGGUCAACCAAUAGGAGGACUGCAAGAUCAUUCUUUAGAAGAUGUUUAGAGAAAAUUUUCUGUUGCUGUGGAAUUCCAGAUUGCUGUCCUCCACUCUUCACAGAUUAGAUGAGAGAAAAAUUGUCAUGUUGCUUUCCAUGGGGAUGAUUUUCAAUGGAGUUUUGCAGGUACUGUUUGAGGCCCCGGGUUCUGAAUUUUUCACAGAACUGGUUGUUGACAGUUCAUUGAAACAUAGAAGAAUAAAAAUCAUAAUCACAUAGGUAAAUUGAUAAAAGAAUUUGCAAUAUAAUCGUCAGAAGACGUAUGGAUUGCUGAGAAAUACUUGUUCAAACUUUUGUAUUCUGCUGGCUAAUUGUUGUUUUAACUUAAGGUGAAUGUGAGCAGAUCAGUGGGGAAAAUAAAUUGAACAAGAUCAAUUCUUUGGAUGAAUAAGCAAUUGGACCCAUGUGGCCAAUGAUCUUUUA